CCUCCCUCUCUAUGCCGCCUCUCUCUCUCUCAUUCUUAUAUCGAUGAUGAAACUAUAAAAAAAAAAAUAGCUGCGUUUUCUUAUUUCUUGAUCUUUCUUGUGAUUUUGAAUUCCAACCCUAGACAGAUGGAAUGAGUUUGAAGUCUUGAAGAGAAGUAGAGAGAGAGAAGGUUAAAGAGUGAUCUGAAUAGGGUUUGUAACGUUAGAAAGGAACAGAAGGAUGUCAUCGACCAAUUCUCCAUGCGCAGCUUGCAAAUUCCUACGCAGAAAAUGCACCCAAGAGUGUGUCUUCGCACCCUAUUUUCCGCCAGAUCAGCCAUUGAAAUUUUCCAAUGUCCACAAAGUGUUCGGUGCCAGCAACGUGGCGAAAUUACUCAACGAACUCAAUGCUGCUCAACGGGAAGAUGCAGUGAAUUCCCUUGCCUAUGAGGCUGAGUAUCGGCUUCGAGAUCCGGUCUAUGGGUGUGUUGGCCUUAUUUCAUUACUUCAACAGAAGCUCAGGCAAGUUCAGGAUGAUCUGUUGAACGCUAAAAAGGAACUGUCUACCUACAUUGGUCCAUCAGCAAUGAUACCCAUUAUUAAUCUUCAACCUCCGGGGUUUUUUCAACCGCAGCAACAUAUGAAUGCGCCCUCUUCUAGUACCAUGAUGCCUUUCAAUAUGAACCCAAUGUCAGGAAUGUCAACAGUGGUCCCACAUGGUGGUCAAUUGAUGAUUCGUGACCCACAGCAGCAACAGCAACUGCUGCAGCAGCCAAUUCAAGUUCAACAAUUUAUAACAGCAUUGGCCGCAAAGGAACAAAGGGACCAACAGGAGAUGCUAAAAUUUUAUGAGCAGCAAGAACAACAAGCUUCUCAACAAGAAGAUGUUGUAAGAUUUAACGGUGGGUUCGACUCUACGGGCUCGGUAACAGCUACUGGAUUUCAUCAGAUGAGUUCAUCCGUACAACCUUCGUUGGUUUUGGCCGGUACCUAUGAAAAUCCUUAUAAUCUGGUUCCGCCUCAUCAGCAGUCCCAACCGGAGCAUUCUCUUUCUUAUCAACAACAGGUUCAUCUUCAGUCUCAACAACAGCUUCAGCCCCCACAGCCACCAGAGACCCCGAGGCAGCAACAGAGAGCCAACAGCGAAGAGGAGGGUAGGGGUUCCGGUGGUCCUUCAGGUUGAUGUCUUCAGUUCCAUGCCUAUUAUUUUCUACAUUUUUGAUCUUGCAAGUUGAUGGGGGUAUACAAGCGUAUAAAGAGACAUCGGACAGAUGAAGGAGAGAUUAUGAUAUGUACAAAGAGAUAGUGGGAGAGAGGAUUGAAUAUUUUCAACAUGAACAUUAAUUAAACUUCUUAGGUAUAAGGUCUUUCUUAGAUUUGUUUUCUAUUGAUCAAGACCCUGUUGGAGUUUUGAUGGUACAUUUUCUCAAAAUGUAGGAGCAGCAUUAAUUUCAUAUAAAAACAGUG